AUGGAUAAAGUGCAAUUUGAAGAGGAUGGAGGAGAGACGAGACAAACAGCAAAGAACCUACCCUCAUAUAUUGCGAAGGAAAAAGAGACGCUUCCUGACCUCAAGACCCUGGAGGAAGGACAUAUUAAUGAAGAGACACUAGCAGAAUUACUAGACAAAGCCCCAAAACCCGCCUGCAACGAAACCCUGAUGACGAUUAAUGAUGAAAUACCAAGAAAAGAAGACGAAAUACUAAAGGCAACUGACCACCCAAGAGAUAUAGUGGAGGAACGUUUCGAAUCAGUGCCAAAUCACGAGCAAAGCAAACAACCAGAAAACAAACUGCAACAACUUAUCUUAGGAGAAUACCUGACUAUUACAAAUAAUCUUGACCCAGGAGGAGAACACAAACCUUUACGAAGAAAUACGGAAGUCAAAAGGCAUAGCAAAAGCAAAAACAAGCUAAAUAAUGAUCAGUCGACAUCUGGAGAAAUCAGAAGUAUGGAAAUACCAAUCAACAAAAAACGGCAGAGAGAACAACUGACCAUCACGGAUCAUCAAGACCAAGGAGAAGAACUCGAUAUGAAUAUUGAAAGAAAAAAACACAAGCACAUGAUAGGAGAACAAUGGAUAAGAAAUGAUGAAACCACAAUAAUGUACCUAAUGGAGGAUGCACCUAUGAUAACACCAAUGUAUACACCUGUGAAACAAUUGUUCAAUACUCUUACCCCAUACCAGAGAGCAACCAGAUAA